AUGGCUUCACCUGGAUCCAACUCACUGUCAGAGGAUCAGGCUCCACCUCCUGCGUCUCCAACACCUGCACCCUCAGCAGAAGUCUCUGCCCAAGAAGACCCAGUUGUUGCAUCGUCUGUCAUCCCCGUUUGUCCAGAGUCGUCAUCGUUGGUGAAAGCAAGUGAGGCUGCCCUGACCACGCCGUCGACUUCGCCACCGGCGGAGUCGGCUCAGCUCACCUCGGGUGUGAAUUCGCCCCUAGUCGUGAUUGCUGUCCGUGCCGCUCCCUCUGAUAUCGAUUCGGCCCCACCGAAUGACCCCGUCGGCGGGCGUCUUCCCAUGAGUGUACCACCUGUGGGUGUGGUGGCGUUGUCUCGCCAUGUCGAGGCCUGUGAAAGUCGAUUGGCCGUGAUGUCUUCAUCAUCACAUUACUGGUCACUCCGAUUUGAGCGCUUGGAACGGGAGUUUGGUGACUUUAGUGCUCCCGUGUCGCAGCUUCGCUGGAAUCCUGCAGCAUGA